AUGAAGAAACAAAGAUCCCAGGAACAUUCAGCCCUUUGCCUGCUGGCUUGGAGUUGUCUAGAUUUUUUCUUGAGUGAAGCUCUUGAAUCCUUGGCCACCACCCCUGCAGAGGAGACUAGCAUAAAGAAAUUCCUUGGAGAUGCAGCAAACAAAACUGUUGCACAGACCAACUUCACAGUUCAGUGCACAACACUGCUACCCCCAAGUGAUGGCUUUUACUACAUCGAAGAGGGCUCUGGUAGUUCCUUGGGGUCAGUUAUUACGUACUGGUGUAUAGAAGGAUAUCAACUAGUGGGCAACGGAAAAUUGAUCUGCUUGCUUAAAGGAAGUCUAUCUUACUGGAGCCAUUCCCCACCUCAUUGUGAAGUGAUCCCAAAACCUGUGGACAAAGGUUUCCGGGUGGCAGUCAUAGCCUCUCUCAUCAGCGGACUGAUCAUUGUUGCAAUGUCGAUUGCAUUUGUCGUUUGUUGCCUGCAAGACAGAAUGCUGAAGGGAGCCGCACAAAGGAGUGAAAACAGUGAGGAGCAACAACCAAGGAAAAGAUUCAAGUUUGGGAGAGCCAAGGUCACAAAACAAGAAACUGGGAAAACAAGGAAUCACUUUGGGAAAAUGAAGCACAACCGCAGACUUCACUAUCGCACCUCUGCCCUCUACAGUUGCGCACAUCCUGGGGCAUUGGCAGGAUACUGCAACCAGGGAUUACAAAGGAGCCAGGAGAAUCUGCUGAAAGGGCCCCCACAAAGCUUAUGCUCUGAAAUCCACAUUUUCCCACAGGUCGUUUUGAAGCCAUGCACUGUUUCAUCUGCCUCUAUGUUUGUUCAUUUGCCCCAGAAACCAGAUAUCCCUUUGAGUAUGAAACAUGCCCAUUCCAGUCUCCCCCAAGACAUACCCUCCAUUUAUUACAGACAAUUUGAAGGACUUGACCAUUUGGACAAGUACUGAGGGACACCCAUUUGGAAUCACAGAUAUCACUUGGUUGACAGCAAAGAGUAACACCCUCAGAUGUUAGUAAGUUCUUACCAUGGAAGUUUGUCAGAUUUCAACUGCAUCUGUAUGUUAAUAUAUGCUUAGACCACACAAAACAUCUAUC